AUGGGAUUCUCUCACAUGGGCUUCUGUGUUCCACAACACAAGUUCGAUGAGACCGUCUCCUUUUACCUCGCAGCUCUCCAGCCACUCGGGUACAAGGAGAUGAUGCGGCCCGUGGACAAUGUGGUCGGCCUGGGUGUAUACUAUCCGGAUUUCUGGAUCACCGGAGUGAAAUCCGACGACAAUCAAGAUGCAGAUGAAGAUUCGAAGCAGCAGAAACCCCUACAUGUUGCCUUCAGCACGAACAGCCGAGAGCUCGUUCACGCCUUCUACGAUGCGGCUUUGAAAGCCGGUGCGAAGUGUAAUGGGAAGCCCGGCCCGAGACCGCAGUAUACACGGCUUUACUAUGCGUCGUUUGUGCUGGACCCGGUGGGCAACAAUAUCGAGGCUGUAUGUAUGUGGCCGGCUUGGACGCAUUGGCGGUAUUGGUUUGGAACGGGGGUGUUUGGGAAGAGUGGGACGAGAACGGUUGAGGGUACUACCGGUGACCAGCCCCCCGAGUCCUCAUAG